GGCGUACUGGGUGCCUGGGUCGAUGAGGGUGUCGCCUUGCAUGUCGCCUGCGGUGCCUUCACCGAUUCCUACGUGGGCUGGCCAUCAAUCGCCUGCUCCGUUCGUAGCGCUAUCGGCAUCGGCACCGCAGGUGUUGGUUCCUCCACCACAGCCGACGGCAGAGAGCCAGGUGGAGAGGACGAUUACCCCGGAGGCUUCUGCACCGGCCGCAAACACUGCGAGCUGGGCAGAGGUGAUCUCCGGGCUGCGAAGCGAAGCCGGGGAUGGCUACUUUGUUUGCAUCAUUGGCGGUGCCGAAACGCCAGGCGCCGGUACAAUGAGCCUCUUGUCUUCCCUGGCACAGGAACUACAUAGCCGUCUCCCACGAAGUGUGGUGUUCGUGGUUGGUACCUCUGCGGGUGUCGCAGAGGCCUUCUGCACCAACACAGAUGCCGAGCCAGAUCGGGUUUGGAACAUCACCGAAGACUGGCUGCACGCGCGUGGGCUGGCCACUGGAGACGAGCGAGAGCUUCUUGCUCACAUAGGCGACGUUUACAUUUUCGUUGAGGGCGGUGAGGAUGAAGCCUGGAUUGCCCGCAAGGCGGCUGAACGAGGGGCAGACCUGGUGCCCAUCAAGCGAAGCGGCGGUGCCAGUGCAGGGCUGCACGAUUUCCCCGAGGAGGCGCUGCAACGCCCUCCGUUCGUGGGCGAGGCCUGCUGGGCGCUCCUGGCCGACAGCACCGCACCUGUCGCUGCUGCCUCUGCUGCAGCAUCAGCUGCCGUCGCUGGCGCAUUGGCGAAGCGAUGCCGCGAGAAGCAGCCUGCGGAGGGGAGUCCCAGCCGCUUGCAGCGCACUUCCGAUUCCGAACCUCCGUGCUCGAAGGUUGCCUUGGCAAGCCUCUUCGACACAACGACUCCAAGUUGGGCAGCAGCGAGCUGGGUGGGCGACCGGGCAGGUGGCACUGCGCCUGCAACUGCUGAGAAGUCCGAGAAGAAGAUCUUCCAGACAUCCUCGGCACCAUUGUCCUUCACUCCAGCUGUGUGGACCUCCCCAGGGAUGACUGGCUCAAUGCGCGUUCCAGCAGCGCCCUUCGCCGCACGGUGGCCAGGCAGCUUCUCGCCGCUUCCAUGGGGUUCCGGGGUGGCGAAGAUGCCGGUGCCUGUGACCAGCGGCAGCUUCACGUGGGGCGAACCCCCCAGGCGAGUCAUAGCCACUACUCAGUGGAACCCACAAGCAGUCGAGCCACGGCAUCCUCAAGGGCUCUUUCGCUCCUCCUCCGAGAUCAUCAUUGGCAGCCUGGGGGACAGCGAGGAAAGGGCACACUGCCAGAAACCGCGAGCCAGCUCACCGCUGACCACUCGCAGCCAUGCGAAGUACUUUGCAGCUGAUCAGUGA